ACCAGGUGUUCAAGUGACAGGCUCUGAAAGGACUACCUGCACCUGUUGCCUUUAAUGGAGAAUAAGGGAGUCUGCCCUUUGGGUUUUAGCAGGGCAGGGCUAUGAGGAAGCACCAGGCUGGGGCAUGCCCACCUGCUGGUUUUAGCAAGUCAGUGUUGAGGGUCAGUGCAGUCAGUGAUGACAAGAGAGAAUUUUCUAUAUGUAACUGUAGAUUUGGUGGGAGGAGAAUUUCAGAAAUUGAAAAGGGAUAAGAGGAAGGAGAAAAUGCUGGGCUGGUGUGAAGCGAUAGCCCGUAACCCUCACAGAAUUCCAAACAACACGCGAACGCCUGAGAUCUCAGGGGAUUUGGCUGAUGCCUCACAAACCUCCACAUUGAAUGACAAAUCCCCGGGGCGAUCGGCAAGUCGAUCAAGUAAUAUUUCAAAAGCAAGCAGCCCAACAACAGGGACAGCUCCCAGGAGCCAGUCAAGAUUGUCUGUCUGUCCAUCCACUCAGGACAUCUGCAGAUCUGCCAUCUUGCAUGACAUGUCAGAAGAUGCGUUUGAGCAAUGCACCCCUGUCGUGGUGCUGAGCCCUGCUAGGAAGGAGUCUGGUAAGAAAUCAGUAAAACAGAGGCCCAGGAGGAGGAGGAGGGCCUCUGAGAGAUACGAGGCUGCAGAAGAACAAACAAAAGGGAGAAGAAAUGAUUUUCCCCUCCAAAUCACAAGUGCCAGAUGGAGCGAGCUUUACGCUACUUCUUCAGAUUCAUCUUCCACAGAUGAGACUCACUGGAUUCAGGCGAAAAGAAGAGCCCAAGUUAAAUUCCGACUCUCACAAAGAAGAAGGAGAAAUGGCAAUAAGCUAUGUGGAAACGCAGCUGGGCCUUCUACUCCUCAUGGAAUGGAUCGGGUAGAUGUGGAAACCACAGGUAAAAAGCAAAAAGAGCUGAAUGACUGUGAGGGUUGCUCUUUAAAUCUCUGCAGAGGAAAAGGCACAAGGUACCAAGAAUGCAGUCUUUCUCACCCACGGGGAUCCUUUGAGAUUAAGAGGUCCUCAAGAGAGCACAAGGAGAGCAAAGGAAGAUACCACCACCGGGAUCUGUGGCUCUUGCCCCGUCUUGGGCAACAUGAAACAAUCCAGAAAAGAUCUUCAGAAGCAGAUUCCAGCACUGAUAUAUUGGCAGUAGCAGAAGACGGCAAGUAUGUGAACCCUGCCGGAUUCCUGGUGAAUAACUCUAAGCAGAAGCCUUCUGCCACCUACCAUGACCAGUCUGAUAAUUUAAAAAUAUGCAGGAUCUGUCACUGCGAAGGGGAUGAAGAGAGCCCCCUCAUCACACCCUGCCGCUGCACGGGCACCCUACGCUUUGUCCACCAGUCCUGCCUCCACCAGUGGAUCAAGAGCUCAGACACGCGCUGCUGUGAGCUCUGCAAGUAUGACUUCAUAAUGGAGACUAAGCUCAAACCCCUCCGGAAGUGGGAGAAACUACAGAUGACCACGAGCGAAAGGAGGAAAAUAUUCUGCUCUGUCACAUUCCACGUAAUUGCGAUCACCUGUGUGGUUUGGUCUUUGUAUGUGUUAAUAGAUCGGACGGCAGAGGAAAUCAAGCAAGGCAACGAUAAUGGUGUCCUUGAAUGGCCAUUUUGGACAAAACUCGUUGUGGUGGCUAUCGGCUUCACGGGAGGUCUUGUCUUCAUGUAUGUACAGUGUAAAGUCUACGUUCAGUUAUGGCGCAGGCUGAAGGCUUACAACCGAGUGAUCUUUGUGCAAAAUUGCCCAGACACUGCCAAAAAGCAGGAGAAGAACUUCUCAUGUAACGUAAACACGGACAUCAAGGAUGCCGUGGUAGUGCCUGUAUCACAAACAGGUACCAAUUCACUGCCAUCUGCAGAGGGCAGCCCCCCGGAGGUUAUACCAGUGUGACAGGACCAGUGGGGAGUUUCUUCACUGAAGAAUAUCUUUCUAGCCCUUAGCCACUACACAUGACAGAAGUGAUCCUGAAGUAUUCACUCUCUUUAUCUUCUUUCUCCAACUGACUCAUUUUUCCUUACUUGGCUCAAAAAGGGGACCAAAAGACCACCAAAUGACCAGGAUCCCAUGAAGCAGUCCAAAGUGUGAUACGGAAAUGUGAAGUUUGUUAGAGAGUGAUUUCUAAGACAAUUAAGAACCAAUGGAGCAAGGAAUGCUCUUAGGCAGUGACGAAAGCCUAAAUGGACCCACAUCUUCAUAGGAGCAGGAUCAAGUUUAAGAAUACAGACUUGAAUUGCAAUGUGUAUUUCUUCUAAGGCCUCGUAAUGUUAACUAUCUCAUCUGGAAAUAAGAAACAUACUUGGUUUUAAGCUUGAAUUUGUCUGCAUUGUCCUUAAGUCAUAUCUGAAGCAAACUUGGAGGAUGCAUAUUUUGAUAUUCAUACUUUGACAGCUAACAGAUUUUUAUGGCUAUAGUGGAGUCCAGUUGUUUUAACAGAUGCAUGUUUUUAAAAUAGAUGCAAUACACAUUUGAAGGUAUUAAUACUUAGAAUUACGUUCAAAUCAUGAACAGAAGAUUUGCAGUUUUGGGGUGUAAUUAGUGCUGUUAAAUACCCACAGAAGCUGAAAUCAACUAUCAGGUCCUGCAUUUUAUCUGGUCCCCAUAAAACAGUGUUGUCCAACAGAAAUGAAAUGUGAGCCCACAAAUGCAGGCCACAUGCAUACAUUUAAAAUGAUCCAGUAGCACCAUUAGAAAAAGUAAAAAUAAGUAAGUGAAAUUAAUUUUUAUAUUUCACUUAACACUUUAUAUCAAAUUAUUUCAAUGUCAUGAAUAUUAAAAAUUAAGAUAUUUCACAUCCUUUUUCAUAAACCACAAUUCAAAAUCCAGUAUGAAUUUUAUCUUUAUGGUAUAUCUUAAUUUGAAUUAAUCAUAUUGUUUAGCACAGCCCUAAAAUUAGAAGCACAGCCUCUGCUUCAUUAAACAGUUGCAUAUUUCAAAACAGCAGCUCAAUUCAUUCUUUUAUUCAAAGGCUCACAAAUGUUAUAGUUUUAAAAGCACUAAAUUAAUUAAAAGCACUAAAUGUAUCAAAUGAAAUAACCUGGUUGGUUAGAGAGCUGAACUUACCAUUUCUCUAGAGGGUGAAAAAAUGAAAGUAUAGAAAGAUAUAAUGAUCUACCUGUGGCAAAGUUCUGAAAUUAACUUGUUUGCUACUAUGAAGCACAUAAGAUAAGGAAGCAAAAAAUAUUUUUGUUAAGUCGAAUGUGGAGGGUUUUUUUUUUAAAUCCACAUGUGGUAUCAAUUUGAUAGAUGAGUAGUUUUGACUAAGCAUUUGGACUAUUUUAAAAAGCUGACAGUAUUUCCCUUGCUCAGCUGGGAAGUAAAGAUAUUCAACAGAUUCUGUGGUAAGUAAUAAACUGAGUUGUUUAGGUUUGGCAGUUCAGUUGAUUAUUGUGUUCUUUGCAUAUUCAUGUAAAACUGAAGCGUGAAUGAUAUUGUAGUGAGCUAGAUUAAUGAUUAUAGAGUUUGUGACCCGUCAAAGAAAGAUGUCUCACAUUUAAAAAGGUGACUUAUUUUUGUUAGCUGUUGUAUUUAUUAUUGUGAAAAGGCAGUCACGAUGGCCAUAAGAACCAAAGCAUGGGUAUCGCAUUGCACAAACCCGGGUAUCACAUUGAUGCACUUUGUAAUUAUCAGUGUGCUUGUUCCUCACGGAUUAUCAUAGAAAAAAGGAGAAGAAAAUAACCUUUUAAUGAGGAGAAAGAUAUGAAUAUUAGUAGUGGCUGACACUGAGUCCAAAUAGUCCCAAUUCCUAGAAAUAAAGAAAAGGUAAACAAUGUCAACUUUGUGUGUGUGUGUGUGUGUGUGUGUGUGUGUGUGUGUGUGUGUGUGAUUUUACGUGUGUACAUGAGAAAAACAUUAAGGGUUUUGGCCAGUCAGGAAACAAAAGGUUUAAAACUCAUCUUUCUUAAAACUUGUUGUGGAGGGUAUGGACUAAACGCACAUGGAAAACAAAGCUGAAGUAACUAAGGAGAACCAUAAUAAUUUCUGCACAAAUAAGGACCUCUUGUAAUAAUAAAAUAUCUUUGAACCUUAAACAAACUAAACUUUGUAUUAACUUCUUAAAUUUCCAUUUCAAAAGUUUAAGAUAAAUACUCAUGAAUAACUAAACUUUGAGUGAUUUAACCAUGGCACCUUACCCAAUAGAUUAACCUUGAUAGGAUUUUUGUUUAUUUUCCUAAGCUUUUUUUUUACUAAUCCAUGUUUCCCAGAGCUUAACAACAGAAGUGUGUUGUUUACAAUAUUCUGGUGGGGAGAGGGAAGGAGGGGUAAUCUGUCACCAGCAAGCAAUGAAAUCUUGAUUUCUCUUUUGUUUGCUCUGGAAGGAAAAGGAUUAUUGACCUUAAUUACCACCAAAAAUGCUGUGUAAAUUCUAAGACCUAAAUAAGCAAGAUAGGUAAGUGCAUAGCUCAUUUCUCAGUGGAAGAUGAUUGGCUAAAGAAGGCUUGUUUAUUAACGGCUAGUAACAUUAAGAAAACAUUUCUAGAAUGAAAAGUAAAGAUAAGCAUUACUGUCUUAACCCUAAAAUAUGAUAUGGUAUUUUAAUACCAUACCUAAAUUCUCAAUAUUAACAUGUACAGGCUUUGACCUUCUUGUAAUGAGAAAAUAACAUAGCUCUCUAAGAGGUUAAGUUAGCUUUUUAUUCUGCUAUUCUUCUGAACUUUAUAAACCCUGAACUCCUGAAUUUAAAUCUUUUAACAAGUUUUCCUGCAAUAGUUGUUUAUGGUUCAAACGAUCGGGAAUAACGAUGUGCAUUUAAAACUCAAUAUUCAUUUCCUUUUCUAUUCUGUGUGGCAACUGCCCUUUCAAUGAAAGGAUUUGGCUUUGUGACAAUACUUUGUGGACUGGACAUACCCUUCAAAAACUACACUCUAGAAGGACAAUUUUUUUUUGAAGCAUGUUUACCUGCUCACGUAAGAAGUAAAAUGGAAGUGAAUCAAAGGACUGAAAUCAAAGAAUGAACAACGCAAUUCUGUUAAAAACCCUGGCUUUUUAUAGUCAUGCAUCUGAUAAUAUCAAUACCAUAAACCACAGACAUUUAUGCUGUUAAUUUUUAAAAGAACUCUCACUUUCAUUGUAUCAAAGAUCGAAUUGAAAAGAAGUGAAAUCCCAGUAUUUUUUUAAUAAAGUCCAAAAGGCAAUUAAGCUUAAUACAAGCAAAACAAAAAUGAAAAAUUAAAAAAAAAAUCAAAGCAAAAAUGAUCCAAUCUACAUGGGAUACAGCAAUGGAGAAACUGAAGAUAGGUAUAUACUGAAGGAGUCUCUCAAAAUGCCCCAGGAUUAAAUCUCACUCUGAACUGCUAUUACGUGAUUACUGUCCCAGACAGCUGCAUUUAUCUUGUUUUGCAAAAAGUCCUUAGGUACCCCUAAAACAUCGGUUUGGCUGGAAAAUUAGCUCAUUAGAGCAAUGACAUCAUUAAGAUACUCUCAUUGUCAAGGGGGUGUGGUGGGAAAGAUUCCUGACAGUUUACCUUUCCCUACCUUGGCAAUCAAUAUUUUGGAACAAAGUAGAGCUCUUUACACUUAUUAUCAUUAUUGUAGUUGUUAUGUAAUAAUUGUAUAGGACUUUAAUUAAGAAAGAUGAAAAACCUUUUUUCUUUCCUUAAGUCAGCCCAAAGGUGCUAUUUUACAUAUCAAUACAGCUCAAAGGAAGUACUGUUAUUUUGGGCUGCAGUGUUUCCUCCAAAUCUGAAGAAAGCCCAUUUUGAAAUUGGAAAUUGCAUUAAAACAAACAAGGAAAAAUUAUUUUAACUGUGUGCAAUUUUUGAGAUUGAGCAUUUGUACUUUUUUGGUUUUACCUAAUUCUCUUGCAUUAACAAUUUACUGUUUUGUGAAUAAUGUGUACUAAGACAAAUUAAGGAAAAUAAUUAUCUGUGAAAGACUUUGUAUAUUAAACAAGUGACCUAAA